AUGCUUAGCAAGGCUAUUCCAUCUUUGAUAAGCAACCAAUAAAUUCUAUCCAAAACUCUUUCUUUCACUUAAAAAUUUGUUUAAAACUUCAGUUCAGCCACUAAGAUACCUAAUGGAAGGCCAUAACCUAGAAAGGAAUGGAAUCCUGUUGAACAUGGAUUAUCUUAAGAUUUUAUUGGCAAAGGAGAUAUUAUUUCCGAAACUCCUGAUGUUAGUGUUAGACCUAUUCGCAAUACUAAAAGCAAAAAGAUCAUUUCAACCAUAGAUUUCUUUUAUCCAAAUGUCCAUGAUCCCUACUUGCAAGGUCGUAUUUCGGCUUGCAACGUUUUAUCUGAUCUUUAUAGCAUGGCUGUAACAGAUAUAGAUGUAGUACUUAUGGUCUUAGCUGUUUCUAACCGUAUGAAUGAGACAGAGAGAGAAGUUGUUACUAGUUUGAUGAUUUAAGGAUUUGAUGAAUGUGCAAAUGAUGCUGGAGCUUUUGUUUUAGGAGGAUAAACUAUCUUUAAUCCUUGGCCAAUAAUAGGAGGAGUUGGUAUUGCAGCGGUAGAAAGAAAUGAAUUCAUUAUGCCAAAUGACGCUGUAGCUGGUGAUGUAAUAAUUUUAACAAAACCUUUGGGUACAUAGCUUGCCGUUAAUGCCAUGUAGUGGUUGACAAGCUACAAAGACAAGUAUGAAAAAAUAUCUAAAAUACUUUCACCUGAAUAAGUCAAACAAGCUUUCAAAAAGGCUGAAUAUGAAAUGGGAACUUUAAAUAUGUUUGCAGCACAUUUAAUGAAAAAAUAUAAUGCUCAUGCUUGCACUGAUGUCACAGGCUUUGGAAUUAAAGGGCAUUCUUAAUUUUUAGCAAGUGUCUAGAAGCAAAAGGUUGAUUUAGUUAUUGAUAAUCUACCAAUUAUUAAAAACAUGGCAAGAAUAGAUAAUACUGUAAAAGAUUAUAGAUUGAAGUAAGGAUUUAGUGCUGAAACAAGUGGUGGUUUACUCAUUUGUUUACCUAAAUAAAAUGCUAAAGACUUUAUUUAGGAGAUGCAUGAUAAUGGACUUGAGUGCAAUUAUGCAGGUGUUGUUGUUAAUGGAUCUAAUAACUCAACUGUGUUGGAAAGCGCUACUAUUGAGGAUGUUUGAUUUAAGUGA